AUGGCCGUGGUGCUUCAGCGCGUGGCGCUUAAAGUUCUAGUUGAUAAGCCGGCCGGUGCUAACGGCGGAGAGAAGGUAGAGGAGCAACCCCGUCUCGAUAACCCACAUAAUGGCGAGAGAUGCGAACGGAUUGAUCGACCGUUUUUGAGACUGCUCUUGUUCAAAUUUGCUUGGAGCGCUUGCAUCUUUUUGGCGCUCUUCUUCAGACACUUUCUCAACGUCGGUUACUUUCCUCCUCUGCGCCUGUCUAUGAAACAGCUGCAAAACCGACUGGUUCAGAACCGGCGCCGGCCGCAACCCGUCCCCGACGAUGCGCCGACACGUCUCGGGGAGAAACAACACCAGAGGCAUAAACAUGACACUUGCCAGCCCCGACAGGAGCGCAAAUAUGCCGUGCCCGUCCGCGUACCGGCUGAUCACGCCGCCCAGGACCGGUCCGACCGCCAGCCCGAGCACAGCCCUGAUCUGCGUCCACCCCAUGUAGGUGCCGCGCUCCGCGAACGCGACCACGUCGGCGACCACUGCGCCGGACAGCGUCGCCGCGGCACUGCCGCCGACCCCCUGCAGGCAGCGCAGCGCGAGCAGCGCGCCGUAGCCGCCGCCCCCUCCCGUCAGCCCGGCGCUGGCGGAGACGUACACGGGCAGGAACGCCAGGUACACGGGUCGUCGCCCGAAACCAUCGGCGAAGGCGGCGACGAAGGAUGGCACGGCGCCCUGCGCGACGAUGAAGACGGUGACGGUGAGGUUGAUAUGGGUGCUGCUGACGGCGUAGGCGGCGGCGAUCUUGGGCGUGGCGGGGAGGUAGAUCUGCGAGGACAGCGGCGAGAGAAAGGCGAUGAGGGACGUCGUGACGAUUAUGGGCUUCUUUUUGCAGUCGCUGAAGACGGAGUACGGCUUGUCGGCCGGGUCGUCUGCCGCCAGGGUGGAAACGGAAAAGUCGUGUCGCUCGCUCCGCACGUCGCCGACUACAGUGGCGUCGCAGCUCGAUUCACUGUCGUGUGCUUCCUUGUAUAA